UAACCUCCUUGAAGAGAUUUUGUUUAUUUCUUCAUUUUGGUGGGUAUGGUGGCCUUAUUAUUAUUAUUUAUUAAAUCAACUUGGUGAACUUUCACCAAUUCAACAGUAGACUUGAUAAUUUCAUACGGCUUCUGGAAUUUUUAUAUUUGUAACAUCAGCCAAAAAAAUUCCCCUACUAGAAAGUAAUUAAUUCAAGCAUAUUGUAGGAAUCUUGCCAUUGCAAACAUAUUGGUUGGAUCUUCUUGUAAUGUUCCAAAAUUUAUUCCUUUGAUGAAUAAGAACAGGCAUUAGCGGAACCCAUCAUCUAUUUUUCUGUCCAUUGGUUUUGUCCAUCUUAUGAUAAGCAGGUCUUACACAUGCUUUGCUGCUGGGUCGAAGAUCCAAAUUCUGAGCCAUUCAAGUUGCACCUGCCAAGGAUUUUUGACUAUUUGUGGCUUGCAGAAGAUGGCAUGAAAAUGCAGGUCUGGAAAUAAAAUAAACCACCUUUACAUUUAUGUAGUGGCAUUUUGUCUUUGUUUUUGUCCAUGUCAAUUGAAUCUGGGUUUCUCACAGAAGCAAACUAAUCCGUUAGGAUUGUCCCAUUGGGGUGAUUUUUGGGUGUGGCCCAUCCAGCAUUGGAAUCAUCAGAUCAACAGUGUGGAUCACCAAAUGUCAAGGCCCAUCCUCAGGAAUUCGGAUGCCAAGAAGACAUGAUGUUCUGUGGUGUGUUUGAUGGCCAUGGCCCUUGGGGACACUGUGUAGAAAAAAGGGUCAGAGAAUCGCCGCCAUCAUCUCUGCUUUGCAAUUGGCAAGAGACUCUUGCUAUGAGCUCAAUUACAUCAGAAUUCCUUUUGGAAUCUGAUAAAAUGCUUAAUCGAUUUGACAUUUGGAAGGAAUCCUAUUUGAGAACUUAUUGAAAUGAGUGAUUCACUUGGGCAAAUGAAUCAUAACCUUGAAGGUUUGAAGAGUGAUCUGAAUGAAGUUACUAAGGGAAGGGAUUGCCUUGAUGCUGAGCUACUUGUCUUGAAAGAGCAGCUAGAAAUGGCACAAGCUGUUGCUGAAGAAAAUGAAGCAAUUGCUACAGAAGUUCGACAGAUGGCUGAGGCAAGGAAGAACUGUGCUGAAGAGGAGGAGGUGAAGCUGUUAGAGAAGUCUGUGGAAGAGCUAGAAUAUACCGUAAAUGUAUUGGAAAACAAGGGGGAGCUUGUCAAAGGAGAGGCUGAAAGGCAACGGUUGCAAAGAAAGGAGCUAGAAGGGGACCCCACUGAAACAAUUCAUGUGGAAGGCUAUGUGGCAAUUCAUGUGCAUUUGUAUUUUGUUUUGGAAACUUUAAAUAGACCAUUAAUUGUUUUGUUGAUAUUGUGCUGAUUGUUGUCAUGAUGAAUGUUAAAUGGGUGAAAUAUGCACAGGUUCAAUCAUUUGUUGAUUAUGAUAUUGUUAGCUUUGGUUGAUAGAGAAAUGAGGUCAAAAACUGAAUUUAGCCUC